UACAGCAAUGCUGCCAGAGUCAUGCACUAUUUGGUCAUGGUCGAGCCAUUUACAACUCUGCGCAUAGAGAUUCAGAGUGGCAAGUAAGUGCAUAGAGUGGUUUCUGGGGGAUGGGGGUGGAGGGAGUUUAAAAUGCUGCACAUAGAGCAUUACAGUGUCAAGUAAGUGCAUAGAGAUACUGGUGGAUGCUGGGGUUGGAGAGCGGGGCAGGAGGCAGCCAAUUUAGUGCCCCCAUCCCUUGUUUUACUGACAUUGUUUUAAUAUGUUCAUGAAUUCACUGAGGCUACUUGUACAUUGAUUAACUUCACAGUAAAUGUAUGUCACUUCCAUUUUUACAUGAUCAUUUGUUUAAAAAGACAUUGCAUCUGAAUACCUUUCUGAAAUCCAAUAAGCCAUUACUAUAUCAGAAUGUGUGAAAGAACAGGAUGAGUGAAAGAACAGAAUGUGUGAAAGAACAGGAUGUGUGAAAGAACAGGUUGUGUGAAAGAACAGGUUGUGUGAAAGAACAGGAUGUGUGAAAGAACAGGUUGUGUGAAAGAACAGGUUGUGUGAAAGAACAGGAUGUGUGAAAGAACAGGAUGUGUGAAAGAACAGGAUGUGUGAAAGAACAGGUUGUGUGAAAGAACAGGUUGUGUGAAAGAACAGGAUGUGUGAAAGAACAGGAUGUGUGAAAGAACAGGUUGUGUGAAAGAACAGAAUGUGUGAAAGAACAGGAUGUGUGAAAGAACAGGAUGUGUGAAAGAACAGGUUGUGUGAAAGAACAGGAUGUGUGAAAGAACAGAAUGUGUGAAAGAACAGGAUGUGUGAAAGAACAGGUUGUGUGAAAGAACAGGAUGUGUGAAAGAUCAUAAUGUGUGAAAGAACAGGUUGUGUGAAAGAACAGGUUGUGUGAAAGAACAGGAUGUGUGAGAGAUCAGAAUGUGUGAAAGAACAGGUUGUGUGAAAGAACAGGUUGUGUGAAAGAACAGGUUGUGUGAAAGAACAGGUUGUGUGAAAUAACAGGAUGUUUGAAAGAACAAGUUGUGUGAAAGAACUAAUUGUGUGAAAGAACAGGAUGUGUGAAAACACAGGGUAAGUGAAAGAACAGGAUGUGUGAAAACACAGGGUAAGUGAAAGAACAGGUUGUGUGAAAGAACUAAUUGUGUGAAAGAACAGGAUGUGUGAAAACACAGGGUAAGUGAAAGAACAGGAUGUGUGAAAACACAGGGUAAGUGAAAGAACAGGUUGUGUGAAAGAACAGGUUGUGUGAAAGAACAGGAUGUUUGAAAGAACAGGUUGUGUGAAAGAACUAAUUGUGUGAAAGAACAGGAUGUGUGAAAGAACUAAUUCUGUGAAAGAACAGGAUUUGUGAAAGCUUGAAUGAAAAUAAAGGAUUGUCUAAUCAGAAGAUCUUUUGAACGUUUUGGCUGAAAUUCUUUAUCAACAGACAGCUUGUUAGACAAUGCACAUAAUUUUAUUUGAAGUUUCUUUUGUGUACAUCGCCAGUGUAGUGAUGCCACUUUUGUGUAAAUUCCAUGUACAAUGGUGCCACAAUCCCCAGGUUUGAUGUGGCCGACCGUCAGUUCCACUCAAUUUCAGGGAGCUUCUCCUCCCUGAUGGACAACCCAAAUGAUAUCCAGGAACUCCUCCCAGAGUUUUUCUACUUCCCGAGUUUCUUGUCAACUUCAUUG